AUAGAACAUCUUCGGGAGAGCGGGUAAGUUUUAUGAUUUUUCUCCAAUUAUUUCCUUGAAGAACCUUAAAAAUCACACAAAGAAGGAUACAAAGAUAAUAAGAACGUGAUAUUUAAUAUCUUUAUUCGAAUUCUCAAUGAAUGUUAUGCGAAAAACAUAAACAUUGAAGUAAACAAAAUUAUUGAGAACACUCAAAUUGAGGUUAUGGACAAAUUGCCGACGGUUUUCUGCAGAAUUCCUGCAUGAAUCGGCGUUUUUUUGUUCAAUGGGAAUAUGCGUGUGGAUUGUCUUGUCAUUGUCAAGUAAAUUUUGCAAAUAAGCAGCGGAGAGCGAGGUUAAAUAACCCGCAAUUAGUCAACAUUAGUGCAUUUUGUAGUCCGGUGCACCCCCAAGUAGUGUCUCAAGUGAAUGGUGGUGCUGUUUGUGUGCUAUUAAAUCGCUUUCCGGAACGUGUGUGUGGCCCCACAAAUUUAUCUUCAUUUCCGGACGCAGCCGCGUGGCUGAGUUUGUGUGUGCUGCUUCUCAGGCUCUCCGUGUGCUCUUCUUGAGAGUGACUCUUACAUUGAAUCCCCGUGGUGGACCUUGACAGGGGCCCUGUCAUUGCAGGAUGCUAAUCACAAUAAAGACGCUGCAGCAGCAAACGUUUCAGAUAGAGUUCGAUGACACGCAGACGGUGCGACAAUUGAAGGAGAAGAUUGAAGCGGAACGUGGGAAGGAUUAUCCUGUGGAUGGGCAACUACUCAUCUAUGGGGGUGUAAUGUUGGAGAAUAGCCAAACAGUUGCAUCGUACAAUGUGGAGGAGAAGAAAUUUGUCGUUUUGAUGCAACAGAAGGCAAAGCAGCAGCAGCAGCAGCAACCCAAGGAAACUGAAGAGGUGGCAGCUGAGGGUUCGGCAGAGCUAACAAAGGAAGCUGCCAAGAUGACUAUUGGACAGUCCGAGGGGGAAGCAGCAGCACCCAAGGAGACACCCAAGGAGGAGGCACCACCCCCACCGGUGCCACAGAGUGCCCAGCAGGCGGCUGAAUCGCGUCUCCUGAUGGGCGAUGAGUAUGGGAAGAUGGUGGAGAACCUCGUUGAGAUGGGCUAUACGCACGAUCAGGUGCACAAAGCCCUCCAGGCGAGCUUCAAUAAUCCCGAAAGGGCUGUCGAAUACCUCAUUUCGGGGAUUCCGGAAACAGCUGCUGCCGGUGGGAUGGAGAACAUUGGGGCAACGGAAGGUGUCCAAGGGGCCCCCGGGGAGUUUAUUCAAGUACCCCGUGAGGGUGCUUCAACGGGUGGGGAUCCGUUGGAUUUUUUGCGGCAACAACCGCAAUUCCAUCAGAUGCGCUACCUCAUUCAGCAGAAUCCGAGCUUCCUGCAUGCCCUCCUGCAGCAAGUGGGUCAAUCCAAUCCAGCCCUUUUGCGACUCAUCUCGGAGAAUCAGGAAACCUUUGUAAAUAUGCUCAAUGAGCCAUACGAUCCGGACAAUCAUCCCGCAGCCACAGUCGGCUCUGGUGUUCUCCAGGACACGGAGGAGCGUCCACAGCCGCAGGGGGAGAGUGCUGGGGAGGGUGAGGAAGCCGGUGAGGCAGCUGCAAAUCCCGCAGGUGCCCCCCUCGAAGCAAAUCCCUACAAUCUUACACCCGAAGACAUCGCAGCGAUUGAAAGACUGAAGGAAUUAGGAUUCUCUGAGCAAGAAGUCAUUGAAGCAUACCUGGCGUGUGGAAAGAACGAAAAUGUUGCAGCGAAUUUUCUCUUCUCUUAAUGCCCUCCUCCGCCCCAAAUUUCAAUUUGAUAAUGAACAAGCGUUAAUCCUCAAACAACAACUACAUGCCUCCCUGUGCUGAUUCCCUGGAAAAGCAUGGCCGUUUCUUCAUUAUUCCUUCUUCUUCUUUUUUUUGUCAAGAAUCCUUAAGUUUUUUUUUCCAUAAUUUUGUUCGGUGCCUUUGGGGAAGGGCACAGGAAGGUAAAAAAAAAUAGUGUUAAAACGGAAGUGAAAAUAAUAAAAAUAAAAAAAAAGAAAAAGCAUUAAAAAA